CUUUGCAAGGUUCAGUGUGGAUCUUAGCGUGGAGUGUUUAUUACAAAAUGUCUGUGUGCUGCUGUCAAAUACAGCUGACGAAAAGGACUACACCAAUAUCCUGGCUUUCCUGGGUUCUGUGGUGCAGUGUGAUGCUGUCUCCUGCUUGGGGGUAUGUGAUAGUCAACUGGGUUUCGUGGUCAGUUACCAAUGAGGUGGAGGAAGAACUGGACAGCUCCUCAAACGAGGAGGCUCUCCCUGCGCUUCUUGAAGACACGACUAGCAUCUGGAAGCAGAGCUACCCAGCCUCUGUUUACAAAGAAGAUGGGGAAAUGAGGUCAAGGCCAGUGGCUGGGAGAUCCAAGCAAAUCUCUUCUCCUUCUAGGAUGUUUUCCUACAGGAGAGAGAGUGUCAAAGGGACAGACAGCAUUACUCCUCAGGAACAGGCAAUCAGAACUGCCCGUUUCCUGACCCAUUAUAACGGCUGGGGCUUCUUGGCUACCGAGUCCACCCAGGAAAAGAUCCAAGGUGUACCAUUUGGGAAUUGUUUACUAAUCAGUGAUGGGCCCAUCAAUAACAGCACUGGAAUACCUUUCUUUUAUGUGACUUCAAAGGACAACACUGUGACAGAUCUGAUGAAGAACUCUGUGGCUUCUCUGACAUUGCCAGAGGCAGAAGGAGAUUUCUGCAGAAAAAAUAUAAUUGAUCCUGAGGAUCCAAGGUGUGCCAGACUGACUCUCACAGGACAGAUGGUCAUGGUACCACCAGAGGAAAUGGAAUUUGCCAAACAAGCUAUGUUUUCUAGGCACCCAGUUAUGAGGAAAUGGCCUCAUAACUACGAAUGGUUCUUUAUGAAAAUGAACAUUGAGCACAUCUGGCUUCAGAACUGGUAUGGAGGAGUUUCCACCAUUGCAGUGGAAGAGUAUUUCAAAGCAGUUCCAAGUAAAGAGUGAUUGGGUUUGAAAUAUAAAUCUUCACAGUUUUCAUAUUUGCUUUCCAAAAACUUUUUCCAACACCAUGUUGUUGGACGGGUAUUUUACAGUGACUUUUUUUCAAAAGCAUUCAAAAUGGCCCCAUCUUUUUUAUGUGGAUCAAAUGCUAAUAAACCAAUAUGGAUCUUUAUAUUAAAAAUGAUAUGUGGAUGGUAAAUCCUACACUGGAACACACAAUCUUGGCAUUUCAGAUAGGUUUGAUACCUUCCUGACUGCUACUUAAAAUUUUUUUGGAUCUGCCUGUUUUGAUUUUUAGUGUCAUCCACUCACUCAUGUGACACUUACAAUAUAUGCUAACUGUGGCAUUCUGAUUUACAGAAAAUCUAAUUACCCACACAAAAAAUAAAUGACUGCUGAAUAUUGUGGAAGUAUUAUUGCUACUUGCUAUCUUGUUUUGUUGGUGUUCUAAGCAAAUAUCCCUAGCUGCAUAAAUAAAAAGAUGUUUUAAGUUUGUGUUUAAUACUUUUAAUGUAGAGAUCCUCAUUUUGGAAUUUAUGUUUUAGUCAGUCACACCCUUUUCCAAAUUAUCCAGUUAAAUAUUUUGUUUGGAAAUUGAGGAGAAGGAGUGGUGGACCUUGCUGGCUAUUGCAGUGGCAAAGUACAAACAGCUCAAACAAAAUAAAUUCAGUACACAGUAUCUUUUACCAGCACAAGGAUGAUUAAACAUGUUAAAGGGUCAAACAAGAAAUCAGACCCACCACAGGAUAAUCCCAAUACAUUUAUCAACAUUCUUUUUUAAAAAUGUAGUCUCUACUAAACCUGUUUUAGAUUAUGAGACAGGAGAAAUAUUAAGUUACUUGCUGGCCUAAGGUCACAUCUUGUCUCUCCCCUCAGUUUCAUUAAUUCAUUCCUGAGAUAGCCUUUCAUAGCCCGUCCCUGAUUCCCCCCAGUGGUGGAGCCAGCCUUUUAAUCCUGUUCCCUAGGUAGAUUUAAAAGGGAGUCUCCUACAUUGUCUUUGUACCAGGAAGACUGGAAUAAUUAGUAGCAUUUUCAGUUCAAAGACCAAGCAAAAAAUUUCCAUUCUCCCUAUGAGGAAAGUCAAAACUUCACUGCAAAGCACAUGUUGGACUGGCAAUUUUUUCCUGUAGGGCCAAGUGGGGCUGCUUUAUCAGUUCUUAGCCUCUGCUUACUUUACAAUAUACCACUAAUGUUGUUCUACCCCACCUGACCUAGAAUAUCUUACUAAGUCCACACUUCUUCUCUCUCCUGUCAAUUAAUACUGCAGUCUUUGAAGGACUAAGGAGUUUUACCAACAAAUUUUAGAUUCUUGUCAAGAUGGCAAAGGAGGCUUCUUAAACAGAUAUGUCAUCUUAACCAAAAGUCUUGCUUCCACACCACAAAAGCCCCUGAAAGGCUAUAAAAGCCCAUCACAAACCUGCCCAAGUAGCCUUGAAGUGACUUCUCUGAAUAAAGGGGUUUGGGAAUGGUGGGGUGGAGGUGGAGGUUGUUUGUUUAAUUGGGCCUUAAAUAAUUAGCUACAAACUAUCUAAAAAAAAUUUAAAUUCCCAAAUUCUUCAACUUAUAUCAAUCAUCAUGUGAUAUGAGUUAAGUGAAUAGAGUUUAUUAAACUUUUAACCCAAAGAUUAUUGUAAAGAUUCUAUAAUAGAUUCAAAUUUCCCUCAGGCUAUUGGUUAUAACCCAUGGGGUCUGAUCUUGCGCCUAUGGAAAUCAAUAGUAAAACUCCCUUUUAUUUCAUUCUGAUCUCAAGGAUUUGAUCGUCAGUACAGUAUCUAUAAAGCAUUGCAACUUACCGACAUCCAAUUUAUUUUCAUGUAUUCUGUACUUCAGUAAGAAUCACAUUUUAGUUUAAUUAUUUUACAGCUUAAUAUCAAUCAAAUAUUCUCAUUUCAGAAAAGCCUUGCUGUGCAAUCUUUCUUUAGUUAAAUCUUCACUUGUGGCUCUGGAAUAGUCCAGAGAUGCAUUUAUUUAUGACUGUAUGUUAGCUGGAAAAAAGAAAAUGAAGUUAUGAAUUUUGACUUCUGAUGAACAAUGUUACAAUCCUUUACUAAUUUGUACCAAGGUAAUGCAUGUACAGUAUUAAGCACAGCUAGUUUUAACUGUUGUUCUUAUUUAACCAAAGAAUGCUUCAUUUCUAGAGUAAUUUUCAUCAUUUACUUGUAUGUACUGUUUAUGGAUGUGUAUUGCACUUUGCAAUGUAUUUUGACUUGUAAAGAUAAUGAAUGUUGUUAACAAAUUGCCCAACAAGUAUGAAAUGCAAAUAAAUAGCAAAAGGGAAGUUGCAGUUUGAA